UAGUAGCGUAAAGGUUACAUUAGGUACAUACAGCCACCGCUUCUGCGCAGUUCAACGCAUAUGAAAUAUUCGUUCGCUUAUUGUGCUUGACAGAUCACCCCGACAGUUACCGACAAGACGCCUUGAUGGACGGUCGUCGGUAUUUAGUAGUAUAUUAAAACAAAAUAUGAAUUAAUUUAGUGACAAUUUGAAUUAAAUAGUGUGACAUUUGCUAGUGCAUUUGGCAAACGUUGCGCCGUGGUUAUUUAUAAAGACACAUAGUUUUUGUUUUGGUAACCGCGAGCGCAUUCCUGCUACAUAAAAGAGACGGAGGAUGGACGUCACUCGGCCAUCAUGCGCCCUCCUUGUUCUACUAGUACUAUACAUUUUAAACCUCGCAACAUGUAUGAAUGCGAAGAUAAACUUCAGGGAGAAAGAGAAGCAAAUCCUGGAUCAGAUUCUUGGUCCAGGACGCUACGAUGCCCGUAUUCGACCUUCCGGGAUCAAUGGAACUGGCGAUGCGCCAACGUUAGUCCGCGUCAACCUGUAUCUUCGAUCCAUCAGCAAAAUAGAUGAUUAUAAAAUGGAAUAUUCUGUUCAGUUGACGUUCAGGGAGCAAUGGUUAGAUGAAAGACUCAAGUUUAAUAAUUUGGGCGGUCGUCUCAAAUACUUAACCUUGACUGAAGCGAACAGAGUAUGGAUGCCAGAUCUGUUCUUUUCCAAUGAAAAAGAAGGCCACUUUCACAACAUCAUCAUGCCGAACGUCUACAUUAGGAUCUUCCCCAAUGGAAACGUGCUCUACAGCAUCCGAAUUUCUCUCACCCUCUCCUGCCCGAUGAAUCUCAAGCUAUACCCACUGGACAAACAGACCUGCUCCUUGCGAAUGGCCAGUUAUGGCUGGACGACAGAUGACCUCGUGUUCCUGUGGAAGGAGGGCGACCCGGUCCAGGUUGUGAAGAACCUCCACCUGCCUCGCUUUACGCUCGAGAAGUUCCUCACUGAUUACUGCAACAGCAAGACUAAUACUGGUGAAUACAGUUGCCUAAAAGUGGAUCUGUUGUUCAAGAGAGAGUUCAGUUACUACCUCAUUCAGAUCUAUAUCCCUUGCUGCAUGUUGGUCAUUGUGUCCUGGGUGUCAUUCUGGCUGGACCAGGGAGCUGUUCCAGCGCGUGUAUCGCUUGGAGUGACCACUCUCCUAACAAUGGCAACACAGUCGUCCGGCAUCAACGCCUCCCUACCCCCCGUCUCAUAUACCAAAGCCAUUGACGUAUGGACGGGGGUAUGUCUAACAUUCGUGUUUGGAGCGUUGCUGGAGUUCGCUCUGGUCAACUACGCCUCUCGUUCUGACAUGCACCGAGAGAACAUGAAGAAGACAAGAAGGGAGAUGGAAGCCGCCGCUAGUAUGGACGCAGCGUCAGAUCUUCUAGAUACUGACAGCAACACGACAUUCGCGAUGAAACCGCUGAUGCGCGGCGGCGUGGUGGACUCCAAGAUGCGGCAGUGCGAGAUCCAUAUGACGCCCCCGCGCAAGAACUGCUGCCGCUUGUGGAUGUCGAAGUUCCCGACUCGCUCCAAGCGGAUAGACGUCAUCUCCAGGAUCACCUUCCCGCUUGUAUUCGCGCUCUUCAACUUGGCUUACUGGUCGACGUACCUGUUCCGCGACGAGGACGAGGAGAAGUGA